AUGCACACUACCAAAUUAAAACUAAUACACAAAAUAUUUGGAUUCCAUAACCCAUUUUACAUCACAAAUGCCAAGUUUGUAAGAGGUUCCAAUUUACAUAAAUUACGAUGUUUUACAUUCGGGUCUAGAGAAGACUUGAAUGAUAUAGAAGAGUAUAAGGAUGCAGAGGUAGAGUUUCAGGAAUAUUGUGACGAAGUAAAGGAUUUUAUAGUUUUGGAUAGACUAAAUGAGGGUAAAAAUUUGAGUUCCUUUUUGACUCGUUUGAACGUUACUGGUCCAGAUGACUACUUGAAAAAACUUGAAAGUUUGAACGUUGAUAAUUUGAAAGUAGUUUUAAAUCAACUAAACCAACUCAAGGCACACUCCAAUGCACUGUAUAAUUUUAUUACUUGUGGGUUCUAUGUCGACCAGGACUAUUUAAAAAAGUUAUUAUCUUUAACACACAAUCACUACAACCAACUAUUAUCGAAUUAUAAGACAAACGACUCAAAUAAUCAAAAUAAUACUCAACAUCAUAUUACGGAAAUCAAAAACUCGACCACCGAUGUCCAUAAGUUGAGUGAUAUAUUUGCAACUCUUCUGUUAACUUCGUCUGAGUCUGGUCUGUUUAAAGACGACGCGAAGAGAGUUUGUGGAAUUUUGGAGUCUACAUUGUUUGGAAAGAUGUUCGAACCCUUUAUUGAGCUUUCUAGUGGGAGAUUGGUCAGUUCGGUGAUAUUUAUCUACUCAAUAUCACAGCUUUUUGAAAAGGACUACGACACUCAAAUGGAAAGGCUAUUUGACAGGGUUAUACGGACAAUUUCAAUGAAGGAAAUUGAUUUAAAUUUAUCGGAUUUGUUCUAUCUCAAAUUGUCUGUCAAAUUUAUUCUAAAUAGGAAUCCCGGACUAAAUAAAAAUAUUUCUAAAGAAUCCUCAUGUUUUUUAUCCAAUGUUGUAUUUCAGAAUUACAUUAAAGAGAAGGAGUUACAUGGGAUUGAAGAAGUUGUACCUCUAAAAAUCAAGGAAAUUGAUUCUAAUAUUGAAGGUGGUGUGUUUAGUAUAGGGCCUUUUGACUUCACACAUGUGUCGCUACCAAACAAGAAUGUUUAUAUCUCGAAUAAGCCCUAUUAUUACUUCAAUUUAAGUCCGAAGUUUGGAAAACGAGAAUAUGUAAAUUGGAUGGAUGCCUUCCUUAAGAUUCAUGGGUGGAAUCUUAUACACUUGUAA